UCGAAAAUGUCUGAUAAUUGCUCCGAAGCUAAGAUGAGCGAUGUAGUGGACGACGAAGUGUCUGAUCAACAAUUGAUUGAUGUUAUAAAUUCGCAAGUUAUCAAGCAUGGUCUUCUUGCUGGUUGUCUCUACAAUUCGUUGAAAUUGUAUAGAGACAUCGGAAUGCGUACUACGGCUUUCACUGAAUUUUUAGCUUACGCACCGUUGAUAAGUCAUGUACCUCCUACACUGGCUGACUAUAUGAAAUCGGUUAAAGACGAUCAAUUCCACCGUUAUCAAACCAGAAAACUGCUUAAUCAGAACGCAAUUCCUGAUAUUCGCAUGUUCAUCGUCGAGUGUAACGCUGGAAUAGUAAGUUGUGCUUCUUAUUCUCAGGAUGCAACAAUGUUAGGCGUUGCAGUUCAGCACCGUAUCUUUGUGCUGGUUGAUGUGGAAAAGUUUAUUGAUGAACAACAAAGUAACAUGACCUUCAUUCGGCAGCAGUUAAAUAUUGAAAAUAGAUCAAAAGCGGUGCUAGAUGGUCAUACUGGAAUUGUUCGAAAUUUAGAAUUUGCGCCAUUUAAUAACGUAUUAGUUUCCAGCGCAGAUGACUUAACUAUUCGUGUAUGGUCAAUGGAACUAUUUACUUGUUUGCGAGUUUACAAUGGACAUUCGUCUGCAGUUUCGCGAGUAUGUUUCCCAUCGCAUUAUAAGUUCAUAGCAUCAUGCAGUUAUGACAAAACAGUCCACAUAUGGGUUGAAGGCCAGAAUGUAAUGCACAUUCUUGAAAAUGAUCAAUUAGAAGUUUAUGACAUUGACGUACAUCCCAAUAAUAACUACGUAGCUAGUGCCGCCAGCAAUGGAACCGUUAUAAUAUGGAACGUCAUAUAUGGCAACAAAAUGCGCAUAUUUAAAGGGCACCAAGCCGGUGCAGUUCGUGUAAAAUUUUCGGCUUGCGGACGAUAUUUAGUUUCCAGCGGAAAGGACCGUACUACGCUGAUAUGGGACAUACAGGACACAAGCAUUGUAGGAAUACUACGUUUACACAGCACUGACAUAACGUCUAUUAUCAUUACUGAAGACAAUGCCCAACUUGUUCUUAUAAGCAACACGGAAUUCAUAUCAUUCUGGAGAAUAUCCAAAAUGAUUAGCGAUUAUAGAAACGAUAAAGCUCCAAUGUAUUCACAAGAAUAUAAUUUCGCUGAGAAAAAGAAAUACUGGCAAGAUUGGCAAACGAAAUACCUUGUACACCUCAUAAGCCUGGACAAGCACAAUGUACUAGGUGCAACAGUGACACAUGGAAAUGAAUUCUACGUAGCCUGUGUACCUAAGGUCUAAUAUUCGUAGUAAUUAUGAAAUGCAAAUACACA